AUGGCCUCCUUGGAGGAGGCGCAGGCCCAGCUGCGCAAUGCGGCGCAGAACCUCGUGCUCUCGGCAUUGGAUGAAUAUGGCCGGCUGGGCUGCAAGCUGGUGUCAGAUAAGGGGCAGCCCCACCGGAAUCUCGAUUCUCGCGACGCUUUCGUCAAGGCCGCCUACCGCAAGAUUCUGCUGCUGGUCCAUCCCGAUAAAUGCCAGGGCAGCGAGAAGUCGCAUCUUGCGACGAAGGCCCUGCAGGCCAUCUGGGAGAGCCGGCUAGGUCUGAGCCGGUUCGGAUGGGACUUGUUUUGUUCGCGGAGCUUCCGUUUUCGACUAGAGGACCAGUUCGCGGAAGCAGAGGCCCGCGUGAACUCCUUCAAGAACGCUGCCGGGCCGCAACCUGCAGGCGGACCUUCGAACUUCACCGGACCUGCCGGUGCCCAUGCUUCCGGCUCUGAUGGCUCGACCGAGGGCGAUGCUGGGAGAGCGGCCGGCUCUGCUGAAGCCCCUGCUGACCCUCCUGGCUCAACCGAGGGCGAUGCUGGGAGAGCGGACGAGGACCUGCAAGGAGGGCGAGGAGAUGGACUCCCCGCCGAAGCAGACGGACCCGAUGCACUGAAGAGAGCCCUCAACUUGGAUUCCGUGAGUUCGGCCUCUACGACGUCCUCCGUUCGAUCAGGCUGCGAGCCCGCAACAUCAAGGGCGGAUCUGUGUGGCGGAGGAGGAGGGGAAGGCGGCUCCAGGGAUGCAGGCGCGGCGCUACAGCGGCAUCCGGCUAUACCGGCCCCGGUCGCGCCGAGCAAGAAGCGCAAGGGCUCCGAGGCGGAGGAUGAGAACAAGGUCCGGAACUCCAUCAUCGGCAAGCUUCCGAGCGCUCUCAAGCAGGAGCUCCGGCUGGACAUCCACGAGAGCCUGGUCGGGAAGAGCGCCUUUGGCUUUGCGCGGCUUGUGCGGUACAUCUGCCGCAAAGACUUGGGGCUGGUCGAGGUCGACGCGGUCAACUCCUACUUCCAGAUGACCGUCAGCUACGCCUUCGGGAUCAAGCGCGAGCAGGCCAAGCGCUUGUUCAUCUCUUUGUGCUUCGGCGGGUCCCUGUCGAACUGGUGCUCCGAGGUGAUGGGAUACAUCCCGGAGGAGGACGACCCGAUGACCGGCGAGCUCAUGAAGACCUUGCAGUGCUUCCAGACGGAGUGCCGGCGCCUUCACCGCAAGAUCCGCAGGAGUUUCACUCCGGCGCAGCGGGAGUGGUUCAAGGAGCGCUCCGAUGCAUCGGCGGCCUUCUCGAAGUACGCUGACCUCGAGCGCAAGUUCCUGGACACCCUCAUCGAGGCCGCGGGGAAGCAGCUGGUCUCCGGGGAGCACGACGGGGUCUGUGUUUUUCGGGAGGCCUCGCAGAGAGUCUUGGACGCGGCGGUGGCACUCAAGGAGCUGCCGAACCCCUGGACAUUCGCAUCCGAGGAGUACUCGGAGUUCGACUGGCACGUGGCUGCGCGGAUGCCCCACCGCGCCUUCAGCGAGCUGCGCAACUUGGUUGGCCGCUACAGGGCGAGAGGGAGGUGCGGGCCAACACCGCGGACCUGGUGCGCUACGUGCCCACAACAAGCUGGACGAGAAAUGCAGCACCACGAGUACUUCACAGGGCAGGGCUUCUGGGUGGAGCGGCACGGCGAGUACAUGCAGCGGCAGAUCCAGGAGGUGCUGACGCAGAUCAACCGGCACCCCCUCGCUUACACUUGGACUCCGCCGAAGCCCUUCAACCGCGUGGCUUUGCCCACGGCCUGGUGUCGAGCGUCCUUGGCUUUCUGGGCGAGCGCACGAUGCCCUCCCUGGACGGCGCGCGCAUCAACGGCCUCCUCCUGUGCAGCGACGGCUACAUCCUGGACUUCAACAGGGGGCCGCCCAGAAGCGCCGGCGAACCAGGCCUUCGGAUCGGCCAAAACCCUGGAGGAGAACGAGAAAGUGGACGGCGUCAUGACGGAGACGAUCGAGAUGCUGUACCUCUGGGGGGGCGGCAGCUCCGGCAAGGACGUCCUCAACCUCCUGAUCUUCGCCGUGCUGGGCUUGGGCCCGCUGCUGGCGCGCGUGGAGCGCAAGAGGGCCGUGUGGGCGAGCGAAGUUCCGCACCACACCCACUUGAAUGAAGAUUUCGUCAAGCCCUUCUGCGAGCAGGGCGGCGCUCCGGUUCCAGCUCGCCGACUCAACAAGGCGCCACGCGACUUCAUCCCCACCUCGGUGCUCCUGGCUACCUCCAAUCAUCCGGCGCAAGUGGAGCGGAAGUCCAUGACGGAGGAUAAUGGAUGGGACAGGCGACUUCGGUUGUUGGAGACGAAAGUCAAAUUCACAGCCAAGAAGGAGGACCUGGAGUGCAACGAGAUGAAAGCCGACGACAACCUCAAGGCUCGAGUGAACCUCGGCCACUACAACGCCUCCCUGCUAUUCCUCGUGGGCGAGCUCUUCCCGACCUUGAAGCCCCGGUUCAACGAAGGCACGGAGUUGGUGCCGAAACCCGCGUGCAUGGAGGAAGCUGAGAAGGAGUUCGCUUCCAAGCAGUCCGGCAGCCAGUUCAAGCAGUUCGUCAAGGGCCGCUGCAAGCGGGUGGAGCACAAGAUCGACGGCUCCAAGUUCGCGGAAAGCUCUACCUGGGCGGACAUGAACUGGUCCAGGGCGUUGAGCUGCACGCCGCCGUUGGCCAGCGCCACGAGCUCGCAAUUCCCGCCGGCCGGGGCGUUGUUCUGCGUGCCCAGGAAGAGCCGUGCCACGCCCGUCGGGGCCUGGUUGAUGACGGCCAGCUCGCAGAAGCCGCCCGGGUCCCCGAGCCCCGUGACGGCGGCGAAUUUCGUGUUCAGCUCCAGUCCCGCGGUGCCGCCGGAAAGGUGCAGGUACAGGUAUGGGCUCCGGCGCGAUGGCGCCGUUGACGAGGAGGGUGUCAUUGACCAAGACCCCUUGAACGCCGCCCUCGAUGGAGAGCCACGGCGCCGCCGCCACGGGCGCCUCGACCCGCAGGCUGCUUUUCAAGAAAGGUGUCUCCGAAUCGGCAUGACGCCGGAGCUGUAUGGCAAGCUCAAAGAUAAGGGCUAUGACACCUUCGGGAAGAUCGCCUUUGCUGCUGCGAGCUCCCCGCAGGCCCUUACCGAUGAGGCCAUCGAUGUGUGGUUGGCCACGGUCGUAGAUCCAAGGCCUUCAGCGUUCCAGGUUUCGGUGAUCAGGCGGCUCCUAUUUGAAAGCCAGUCGCUCAACAUCGCUGACUUGCGGACCCGUGUGGAAGGCCAGCCUGAAAACACAAUCAAGAAACUUCCCACUGCUGAACGAAUAGCCAGACAAGAAGCUCAGCAGGCUCGCUUGAAGGGAGUCGUCUUCACGGUGUCGAACCAGCCAUCCCAUGCGAGCAUCGAUCAGGUCACCGACAUGUUGGAAAACAAUUCCUUGCGGUACCUGCCGAUGAACAGGUGGACCUCCCGGUCACAGGAGCUGAGCUUGGCAAAGAAGGACUCAUCGAUCCAAAUCGACGCGGAGGGAAACCUCAAGCUAGGCACUAAGGUCCCGGAUCCUGUUUGCGACACAAAUGGUGCUUAUGCGCUUCGGCAAGCCUUCUUUCGCCGCUCGCUGGCUCUGGACCUAGGGAACCUCUGCACCUUUGAGGUGAUGGAGGAGUGGGUCAACACCAUCUUCGAACUGACCCAGCGGCAGGUUCCCACCGGGUACACCAAGGUCUCCUUGUCCCAGAUUGUAGCAGCAGAUAAGGAACUCUUCAUCAGGGCAGCGAACAACCUUGAAGGAAAGCUCCAGAAACCAGUGGGAGCUACCAAGCCGUUGGAUGCAGAGCUGAAGCGUUUGUCUGUGUCGCAUGACAUCACGCAGUUCUUGUCACCCUUGCUCACCCCGCCUCCGCCGGCCCAUCCUACCAAGAGGCCCCAGGAUGGUGACGACGAUGCACCGCCCAAGAAGACUAAAGGCAAAGGUGACAAAGGCAACAAAGGCGGGGGCAAGGGCAAGACACCGAGGAUCGAGAUACCUGAAGGUGUCCGAAAGGAUUUCACCAGUGUUGGAAAAUAG